AUGAAAAGAGUUAUAUUGACGCUUAUAGUAACUGUAUCGUUACCUAUAAUUAUUGGAGUUGCAAUAGUACUAGCAAUUUAUUAUAAUAUUCUUUAGAAUGCUCUUGAUCAAUGGUAGGAUGAUAGUAUUUAGUGGAUAAACUAAUUGUAAUAGUAGAUUUUAAAAAAUUCUGCUUAUUCUUCUUAGGUUUUACUAGAGUAUAGCUUUAAUUAGCUAGAGUUACACAUGGUGGUAGUUGCAGGCUUGAUUAAGAAGUAUUAGAAUGCUUAGAUUAUAUAUAAUCCAAAAACAAUAUUUACUAUUUGCUCUUAUAGAGAAUUUACAUAUAAUGAAUGUCCUCAAUAUGUUUAUGAUUAAUUAAAUGAAAGUUUGUUUUAUGGAGAUCUUUAUUUUGUUAGAAGUUAAUUUAAAUUCAACUUAUUAACUCCUUAAUAACAAUAUUUCAUCAAAACUAACGAUUUUAUCUCAUUUUACGGAAGAGCUGCUUUCUAAGCAACACAGACUUAGGGCUUAAUAUAAAUUAGCAAUAUUUAUAAUUCAGAUAAUACCUCAGCUUAAACCUUAUUGCCUUCAGUAUUUUACAAUUAUACAGAAUCCAGCUAUGAGACCUGCUAUGGGACUAAUUACACAGAGCCAUAUGAUCCUAGAUGUAGAGAUUGGUUUGUAUAUGCUUAAAAUAAUAAAGGUAUUUUUAUUUAUGAGCCAUAUACUGAUGCUUUAACUGGAAAUAUACUUAUGAGUUUAUCGACUUAAAUGGAGUAUGAAUCGUAAUUUUAUUCUGUAGAUACUAUUGACUUUACCAUGUAAAACAUAGUUAAGUUAUUCGACUCUAAUUAAAGUGAAAAUUAGUAUUCAGUGCUGAUUCAUGAAUUUAACUCAACAGUCCUCUAUCAUCCUUUACUUGUUUUCUAAUAAGUAACAGCAUGGGCAGAUGUCGAGUUUUUUAACACAAACUAAUUUUGUAGAAAUUCUUAGGAAUAAAUGGAUCUUUGUUAAUAACAAUAGUAUUCAUUUUCUGAUUAAGUCAAUAAAACAAUAGAGUAUAUUAAAACUGGAAAUUAUACGAUUGAUAACUAGACUAGUUUGAGCUAACUUUAUUAACAGUGGGAGAGGUUUGGCUAAAAAUAAGUUAGUAUUGUUCUUCCUGUUUAAAGUAAGCUCAGAGGAUAUAACAAUUAGAAACCAUAUUCUUUUGCUAUAAUUUUAGUGGGAAGAAGUCUCAAAGAGUAAUAAUCAUAUUUGUAAUAAUUUAAUAAAUUGAGUUUAAACAAAAAUGAAGCAAACCUAUCAGGUUAGAAAAGAAAACAAAGUUAAGUAAAAGAGACUAUUGACAAAAAAUUAAGAAAACUAAAAUAAAAUCAGUAAUACUAAGGGUCUUUUUAGAAAUAUAGUUAAAAUUAAAGCCAAAACCAAACUGUGUUGAAUGAUACAAAAUAAAGGAGUUUAUUUGAAGAAGAAUCAUCUAAAUAAUGUGGAAAUGGUGAAACAGAAUAAUAUUUAAAUGAUAAAACAUUCUAAAACAAUAUAUAAAAAUAUAAAUUUGAUAAUUUAUAGCUAAAGAACUCUAAUAGUAUUUUUACCUACUAAAGAAAUAGUUUCAAUCAGUAAAAUAAUCUUUUUAAAUCUUUAGGUGAAAAUAAAGCUAUUAACUAUAGUGGUGAAUAAGUUAUAAAUAGUGAAAGUAAUUCAGAUUAAUAUUAAUUAAGGAAUUAAUCUUUUUAGCAGAAUUCCUUAGAAAGAAGCGUUACUUUUAAACUACCUAAUACUUCCUUAAAACAAUCCAAUUUUAGUAAGUUAAGUACUCGAUCUCAAAGUAUUUCAGAAGUAAAAAUAUUAUAAAAAAAGAAAGAAAAUGACAAAAAAAAGAUUCUUUAAGGCUUGAAACCACUAUUUUUAGAAAUGAAAAUCAUUAAAAAAGUUUUUUAAGAUUUAGAAAUACUUAUAAAUUAUAAGAUUGAUGCAUAAAACUAAAAUUAAUAAGAUAAUAUGAACACUCUUUUUCACUUUUCAAAAGCGAAAGUGACAUUUUAGUAGCUAAAAAAUUAAACAGGACUGAGCAGAUGUUAUUUUAAUUUAGGAAUUAUAUAUCUUAUUAAAUACGAUUACUAACUAGCAUCUGAAUAUUUUGAAGCUACAAUUUAGGUUAGCUUAUAAAUGAUAGGAAUAAGUUAAGAAAAUUUGAUUAACUAAAAAAUCCUAAAUCUAAAUAAAAAAAACUAUGAAAAUCCGUUACUAAUUAUAACUAAGAAAAUAGUUUCUAGUGCCUAUAGUUUGAAAGAGUAGGCUCUUUCUUUAAUUUAUUAGGAUUUUAUAAGCUUAUAAGGCUUUUAAAUUCCACAAAAAUUCAACAAACAAAUCGAUGCUUCCAGAAUUAUUUGUGAUCAAACGAAUGAAAUUAAUGCUUUAUUGAAAACAUCUUUGAAUAAAUAUUAGAUUAUUUAUAAUUUAGUAUUGCAAAAUGAUAAGAGCUUUUCAGUGAUAUUUAAAAUUUUCUUACUUUAAGAGAUUAUAGAAAUAAUGAUUAAUUUAAAAUCAUAUCAAAAAAAUAAAAAUGAUUUAAAAGAUUUAGUUUAACUUUUAGUUACUGCAAAAAAUUUGUAAGAAAAAUUAAAUCAAUCUUUUAUUAAAAGAUUUACAUAAGGUUCAAAAGUUGAUUAAUAAAUUAGCAUUUAUGAAAAUAAUUAAGAUGUUAAAGCGUAAAUUUUCGAAAUUCAAAAAAGUAGACAAUACUUUUUAAAUGGAUUUUUAGAACAAAUCUAAAAUAACCUAAAAAAUGCUGCUGAAUAAUUUACUUUUUGUUUAGAAGAAGGAACUUAUUACAAUAAAACUCUAAGAAAGAAAGCAAUUUAUCAUUUAAACUAAAUAUUUAGAAAAACUCCUUUAUAUUAAUUGGUAGAUAUUAAAUUUGAUUUGUAUCAAGAGAUGAACAAAGGAAUAGAUAUUGUUUUUUUAAUAUAAUUAGAAUAUUAAAUUCAAAACUCUUCUGUAGAGUAAUGUCUUAAAGAUAUUUAAUAAAAUAAAUUAAUGACCAAAAAUGAUAAAAUGCUGAUUUUAAUAUUCCACACAGAAUUAGACAUAUUUAUGCCAUUCACUAAUACCUAUUCUGAAACUCAUUACAAUUAGAUUAUAAAUUCAUUUUAAAGUAUUUAAAGAGUUUUAAUCUAAGAAUAAAAAAACUCCAAAAAAAAUCUUCACUGGAAAUAGGCUCUUUUUUAGUCUUUCUAACAUGUUUACUAACACAAUAAAUAAGAUUAGCUAUACCUGGAGUAAUUCUAUAACUAAUUAAAUGGUGUCUCUUAAAACAAUUUGGGCAACUUUAAAUAUGAUAUAAACUAUUCUAAAAGUAUGUAUUAAAAUUAAUUACAAGAAAGAAAAAAAGUAAUAUUACUUUUCUCCAAAGAUGAAUAGGAAUUUAAUUAAAAGUUUAAUUAAAAUUAUUUAAUUUUCUAAUAAAAAUUUAUGAAUUCUCAAAAACCUCAUGUCUAUCAUAUUAAAGAAUACAACUUACUUACAAGUGUUUGUCCUGAACAAAAUUUUGAAAACUUGAUUUACUAAGUACUAAUAGAUGAAAGUCAAAUUGUUUCAAAAUUGAAAAAAUUAAGAAAUUAAGAGAAUUUAAAUGAUCAUCAAGAAUUUUUAUCUGUACUCAAUAAUGCUUGA